GACUGUGGCAGCUGAAGUGAGGAAGCAAGUAUCUCGAGAAUAUGGUAACUCUCCACAACUUUCGAAGAAGCGCGGUGGCAUCCCCCAGUCGGUGCCUCUGACAGAAGUGGUGGAACCAGUAGACUUUGAGGAGUACCUCUCCAGCCACCUGCCAGAUGCUGAGCCUGGCCCACUUCGUGACCUGGUUGAGUUUCCUGGUGAUGACUUGGAGGUGAUCCAUGAACCCCGAGAUUGUCGGACACUGGAACCGGGAGUCCCUGAAGAUGGGAAACAAGAUGCCCGAGUACGGGAUGCUGUACAAGUCUAUACAGAAAACUGGGUUAUUGUCCAGAGGAAGUAUCAAAGGCUGAGUACCAUGUAUAAUGCCAUCACUCCUGAGAAACAGAGGGAAAGACAGAAAGGGUUGCCAAGGCAGGUCUUUGAACUUGAUGAAGUAGCCGAAGAGCGGAACAGUCAGGGGGAUGCG